GAGGCUGCCACUCAAAAACGUCAUCAGCAACAUCAUCAUCUCUCUCUCUCUCUCUCAAAAUCUCGAUAGAGACCCAAUUAAAAUCUAUCUCUCUGUAAAAUAUUUUAUAGUAAUUAUCGUGUUUGUGCAUUGAAUUUAGCAAAAACUGCUUUACUUUAUUAUUUUUCCGGCAAAAAAACCCUUAUUGGGUUCAUUUCUUUGCGCCUUCUCUUCCUCUGGGUUCAUCUCUAUCUCUCAUAUAGGACACCGUGUCUUCUUCUCUAACCCAACAAAAAUAGAGAAAAGGGUUUCAGAACUUGAGACCGAAUUGCUUGUUUGGUUGAUUUGAGGUUCAAAGUCUUGUUUUUUUUAUCAAGUUUGAUGGGUGAAUUGGAAGAGAUUGGAGCUGAUAUUUGCGCGGACCUUGAAGCUGAUGAUAUAAGGUGUGACACUAUUGCGGAGAAAGAUGUCACUGAUGAAGAAAUUGAAGCAGAAGAUUUGGAGAGGCGAAUGUGGAAGGAUCGUAUCAAACUCAAAAGGCUUAAAGAAAAACAGAAGCUUGCAGCACAACAAGCUGCAGAGAAGCAAAAGCCCAAGCAGACGUCAGAUCAAGCUCGGAGGAAGAAAAUGUCGAGAGCGCAGGAUGGAAUUCUCAAGUAUAUGUUGAAGUUAAUGGAAGUGUGCAAAGCACGUGGAUUUGUGUAUGGAAUCAUUCCAGAGAAGGGUAAGCCAGUAAGUGGUGCAUCUGAUAACAUAAGAGCUUGGUGGAAAGAAAAGGUGAGGUUCGAUAAGAACGGGCCAGCAGCCAUAGCAAAGUAUGAAGCAGAGUGUUUGGCCAUGGGUGAGGCAGAGAACAGUAAAAAUGGGAACUCUCAAAGUGCUCUUCAAGAUCUUCAAGAUGCAACUUUAGGGUCUCUGUUGUCUUCUUUGAUGCAACACUGUGAUCCCCCCCAAAGGAAGUACCCAUUGGAGAAGGGAGUUCCACCACCUUGGUGGCCAACGGGAAAUGAAGAUUGGUGGGUAAAAUUAGGACUAUCCCAAGGCCAGAGCCCUCCUUAUAAGAAACCACAUGAUUUGAAGAAGAUGUGGAAAGUUGGGGUAUUAACAGCUGUAAUAAAGCACAUGUCACCUGAUAUUCCAAAAAUUAGAAGGCAUGUACGUCAAUCAAAAUGCUUACAGGAUAAGAUGACCGCAAAGGAGAGUGCAAUUUGGUUAGGGGUGUUGAGUCAAGAGGAAUCUCUCAUUCGGCAACCUAGCAGUGACAAUGGAACAUCUGGUGUAACUGAAACUCCUCAAGGUGGACAUGGCCAAAAGAAGAAACGUGCCAUUAGUAGUGAUAGUGAUUAUGAUGUUGAUGGUGCUGAUGAUGGUGUGGGUUCAGUUUCAUCUAAAGAUAAUAGGAGAAAUCAAUCAAUGGAUGUGGAGCCAUUAAACAGUCGAGAUGAUGCUACCAAUCCUGUCCAAGAUAAGGAGCUAGGAAAAAAGCAACCAAGGAGAAAAAGGCCCCGUGUGAGGUCAAGCCAUGCUGAUCAACAUCCUCAACCACAGCUGAAUGAUGAUCAUUUGGGUGUUGAGAGGACAAGUACUUUGCCUGAUAUAAAUCACACUGAUUUACAGCCAGUUGACUAUCAGAUGCAUGACACUCAGCAUGAAAAUUUUACCUCUUCAACUUUAAGGCCUCUGGAGAAUGGUUUUGUGGGUGAAUCCAACCUACCCCAAUCUGACUUUAACUACUAUGCUGGUGUUCCUUCUGCCAAUGUCAAUUCUACGGAGAAAAUUUAUGCAGACAAAGGGCCUGCCUUUUAUCCAUUGGGCCAAAAUUCAGUGCUGCACCAUGAGACUACUUAUAGUAAUUUCUAUAAUCCAUCACUUGAUUAUGGGACAAAUCAUGAUAGGCAGCCUUCUCAGAUGACAAUGAGCAUCAGGCAAGAGGAUGACAGAUUCCAUAUACCAGCACCGCAAGGAAAUGGAAAUGACUUGACUGGAGGAGAACCACAUCAUCUUAUCAAAGAUACAUUUCCCACUGAGCAAGAUGGAGCUGUUGAUAGGCAAUUUGAAUUUGACUUGCCAGAUUUUGCAAUUAACAGCCCAUUCCUUGAAAUGAGUUCGUUUUCAUUGGAUGACUUAUUUGUUGAUCCUGAGGAUGAAUUGAUCCAAUGCUUUGGUGCAUAGUUUCAGAAAGCUGACACAGCUGAUACUUUCAGAUUGGACAGGUGAAAAGCUCAAAACUGCAGCGCAACCAUUUCUGACCUGGUUAAAGGACUUCCUCUAUCAAUUAGAGGUGCUGCCUUAACAGUUGUUAUUGUUUGUGCAUUUCAAGGCAUUAAGUUAUACACCUAAUUAUUUUCACAACUCAAUGAUUUAACACAAGAAAAAUGAGGGGAGGCAGUUUUUCUUUUCUUUUUUCCUUUUUUCUUUUUUUUAAUGGUCAGGCACAGUCUUCCUCAAUGAGGAUAAUUAUAUAGGAAUUCAUGUAAAUGAUUCUUUGUGUUAGAUGGGGCAAUUAACAAAAUUCUUAUCACCUUUCAGCGGGAUACUUUUUAGCA